GGUUAAUCAAGGAGGUCACUGCGGAUACAACAAGGAGCAACACAGCCUGAACUGCACACUAAAAGGCUACUGUAAGCUGUGCCAGACACCUGUCGAUGUCCUUGGUCACCGAUAGAGCAUGUUUCUAAGGAUGAAGCCAGUCUCAUUGGAUAGCCAUGUUUUAUCUCCAUGACAGCUAUGUCACUCAGCCCUCUCUGCAGUGACCCCUGCACAGCAAAGGAUGCUGGAAAAUAACGAGCACUUUUAUCCCGGUCAGGAUGACAAAGACGGGGAGGAUGAGGAGGAGGAAGAGGAGCAGGGAAGAGAAUGGGAAGAUGAACAUGACAUGGAGAAUGGAGGGUUAGAGGGUCUGGAGGAGACGGAAAUGACGGGAGGACGACAAUCCUGGGAAGGGAAAGGUGGCGAGAUGGUAAAACCAGCAGCCAUUGUGGUCGGUAGACAGAGAGCCGACCGACCCAUGCGGCAGCCGGGCAACCGGGGUAACGCAUACAUGUCCAAUCAAGCCCUGAUGCAUCAUCAAGCAGCCAAUAAGCAACAGCAUCACGUCAUCGCAGCCAAUCAGCAGCCUCACCAUGCAGGCAUGAAUGCGCUGCAAAAGAGACGAGCUCUCAUGGAGCGCAGCAUGACCACAAUGGCUCCCAUGGAGGACACUUUCCUGACCAUGAUGGUGUUCCGCAUUGGGAUUCCCGACAUCAAACAAACAAGGUGUCUCCAGUUUGACCAGGACUGCAUGGUGUGGAGCGCUAAGCAGCAGAUCAUCUGCUCCCUCAGCGAGUCCUUGUGGGACGUCUUCAACUACGGCCUCUUCCAGCCGGCUGGAGACGGACGGGACGCCAAGUUCCUGGAGGAGGAGCGGGCCCUGCGGGACUACUCACAGACCUUUGAGAAAGGAGUGCCCUACCUGGAGUUUAGGUACAAAACCAGAGUUUAUAAACAGACGAAUCUGGAUGAAAAGGCGCUCUCCAAACUCAGCACAAAGGCCAGUCUGAAGAAGUUCCAGGAAUACAUUCAGACUGGAGCAAUAGACAAAAUGGCAAAAGUCCUCGAUAAAGGUCUUGAUCCAAAUUUCCACGACCCUGACACUGGAGAGAUCCCGCUCUCUGUGGCCAUGCAGUCAGGCCUGCCGGUGGAGGGCGUCAGGUUGCUGGUUCAGGGCGGCGCUCAUUUGGACUUUAGGUGCAGAGAUGGCUUCACACCGGUGCACAAAGCUGUGAGGGCUCACAAUCACGCUGGGCUGCUGGCUCUCUUGUCCCUUGGUGCGUCUCCAAACUACAAAGACCGCUGCGGCCUGUCCCCGCUGUACCACACUGUCCUGACAGGAGGCGACACCUCCUGCUGUGAGACUUUGCUGUAUUACAGAGCAAGGCUGGGCUCGCGGGAUGAGAACGGCUGGGACGAGUCCCAUCAGCACAGGGAUGAAGACGAGUUUGGAAUGGAAGAAAUACACAAGGCUUGCCAGAAUGGUUUUGCCCAGCACUUGGAGCAUCUGCUGUUUUAUGGGGCAGACACCUCUUCUCAAAAUGCCUCAGGGAACACUGCACUUCACAUUUCUGCGCUGUACAACAAGGAAAGCUGUAUCCGCGUUCUUCUGUACAGGGGCGCAUAUAAGGAGGCAAAGAACAAACAUGGCCAGACCCCUUUUCAGCUAGCUAUAAUGUCUGGUCACUUUGAAGUUGGGGAAAUCAUCAAAAACCACAAAGAUUCUGACGUAGUGCCCUUUUUGGAAUCGCCAAAGUAUGUUCCCAAGCGAAAAGAGAGCACCCACACUCUGCCUCUCCCCUCACUUCACUCCCACCCCCUACUGCGUGCUAACAGCGAUAACUCCAUGACCCAGUCUGACCCUCUGGCCCUGCCCAACAAGGCUGCAACCAAUCCCAACCCGGGACAGGGCCAACGCAGGGCUUCCAUCGGCAUGAGAAGCUCCAGCAGCCCCAGGACUCGUACUCGCUCCCCAUCCAGAGGGAGAGGAGGCCAAAGUGACACAGAGGAUAGGCACCGGCAGCCAAGAGGCAGGCAGGGUGCAACCUCAGCGGGCAGUGGUGGAGGUCAGAUGAAGCGUAUGUACAGCGCAGUGCCAGGGCGGGUUUACAUGGCCACUCGUGCACACUCUGCAAGUGGAGACAGAGAGCUGUCACUUAACAAAGGCGACAGAGUUAAAGUGUUAAGUGUAGGAGAGGGGGGAUACUGGGAGGGGACAGUGAGAGGUCGCACCGGCUGGUUUCCUUCAGACUGCGUGGAAGAAGUGGCGGCUCCCAGCAAAGACAAUCGAUCAGAGACGCGCAGUGAGAAAGCCAAGAGGAAGCUUUUCCGUAACGUGACUGUCGGAGCCUACGAUGGCACUGACGGCCCCAGUGACUACAUCAUUAAGGAGAAGACAGUGCUCCUACAGAAGAAAGACAAUGAGGGCUUUGGCUUUGUGCUUAGGGGAGCCAAAGCUCAGACUCCCAUAGAGGAGUUCACUCCAACGCCAGCGUUCCCCGCGCUGCAGUACCUGGAGUCUGUGGAUGAGGGGGGCGUAGCCUGGAGGGCGGGCCUGAGGAUGGGGGAUUUCCUCAUCGAGGUGAACGGCCAGAAUGUGGUGAAGGUUGGUCACCGGCAGGUGGUCAACAUGAUCCGACAGGGCGGCAACAGCCUCAUGGUGAAAGUUGUGAUGGUUGCUCGAAACCCUGAACUGGAGGACACGGCUCGGAAGAGAGCCCCGCAGCAGACUAAAAGACUGACUCCUCCUGCCAUCGCCCUGCGCUCCAAGUCAAUGACAUCAGAGCUGGAAGACAUGGUGGACAAAGCGGCCUCUCCAUGGAAAAAGAAAGCAGAGUACGACUCCUCUCUGGGUCCUGAUAAGAAGAGGACAGUCUAUCAGAUGGCACUAAAUAAACUGGACGAAAUCUUGGCUGCUGCCCAACACACUAUUACAUCAGACAACCAGGGCCAGAGGGGUCAUGGAGGCAAGAGGGACCGGAGCAAGAGUAUUGUUCCCAACGUCUCCAAUGAGCAGUCGUCAGGGAGUAUGGUGCAGCCUGGACCAGGUUUUGGCUACAACCAAGCUCAUUUUCAACCGGGCCACGCUCAACAUGCGGUCAUGAUGCGUCAAAAAUCUAUUGGUGUAACAGAGGAGGAAAGGCAGUAUCUUCACCCACCUGCUAUGAAGCUAGCUCGCAGCCUGUCAGUGCCGGGACCAGAGGAAAUCCCCCCACCCCCUAACACAUCCGCCCCGGAUCCGCCUUUAUCAGCAGGCCCUCAUCCUGUGAGAGGGCCUGCUAUGCCCAUACCCCCUGUAUCUCAAGCCCAUUACCAGCUACAAUCCCAGCCAGGGCAUGCUUCUCAAGCAGGCUGGGAGAGGGGAGGGCCUGCUGGGAUGAACCAGCAGGUCAUGGUUCCCACCCUCCGCAGACAAUCUGAAGAACAAGGUGCCAGAGAGCCGGAGGCGCCCAGGAGAGGUGGUGGCAAGAUGGGAGGGUUAAGGAGAGGCUACAGCAGUGCUACACCACCAACAAGUGCUAAGCCUAAGACCCAACAAGCGCCGCAACAUCACCCGCACUUGGCCAACCGGGAGCAGGGUGGAGGGGUUGGCAGGGGGGUGGCCAGGAGGGGUGGUCGCGGAGCUUUGAUGAAGCAGUCAAAAGUGGAAGAUGGGCUGAGACAGCACCGAGUAAAGGGAGUAGCAGCCAAAGAGAAGAGCUCCAUCCCCAUCCCCACAAUCAUUGUCAAAGCGCCUUCCACCAGCAGCAGUGGCCGAAGCAGCCAGGGUAGCAGCAUGGAAACUGAGCCCCACCACGAUGUAGAAGACCACACCUCAGCAGAUAUAACCUCAGACAGCGCCAGCACUAGUCUGCCCUCACCACUCACCCCCUUGCCACCUCAGCCCCCUGCGUCCACUCCACUGCCUUCAUCGACUGUUGCUCCAUCCGUUUCCUCGCAGCAAAACCUGGAGAACUUGGAUUACACUUCGACAUACGGUACGACCUUUGGUGGAGGAGGGGCUCGCAGGGAAAGGGAACGUUUCCGAGAUAUGAGAAGAAAGAGCGCUUCUUUCUUCCUCUCAUCUGAGGAGGACAUUCAAGGAGUGGCAGGGGGAGGAGCAGGAGAGGAAGGAGGAGCACUAGGGGUAAGAAUUCAGCCUUUACAAGGUUCACAAAUGGACGUGCCCACCCCUCGUCUACGGCCCUCCAAGUCUAUAGAUGAGGGUAUGUUUUCUGGAGACAACUAUGUCCACUAUUCCAGCAGCAUGCCCCCAGCCUUUGGCCUGCCUGAGUAUUCUUCCCCUGUUCUCAGUCAGGAUGGCCAGCCCAAGUCAGCUCCCUCAAUGUACGGUACCCAUGCCACUACUACCUUCAUCCACCCGCUUACAGGGAAAGUUCUGGACCCCUCGUCCCCACUCGGCCUGGCCCUAGCUGCAAGAGAGAGGGCUCUAAAGGAUGACCGCAGGACGCGCAGAGAGGAUAGACACUUUGGUCGGCAGCUGUCCACAGUAGGAGCAUUCCCUACCCCUGUUCAGACCCCAACUCCUUCCCUUUUUGCAACCCCUACACAAUCGGCCUACACUUCCCCAGUGUCUGUCCACCUAAGCUCCCCCACCGCCACCACCUCGCCUGCAUCUAUGAGCCGGCCUCAGUCACCAAGGAUAUUACGUUUGGGAGGAGGAGGUGGGGAGAAAAUGGAGAGAGAAAAGGAGGGAGGACCAAGGGAGGGUCUCAGAGUUCGCUUCUCAGAGGACCGAACCAGUCAGUAUUCAACCCAGUAUUACCCACAGAGCCCCAGGGAAAGAGAACGAGAAAAGGAGGUGUAUGACAGCAGACCUGCUCCACCCAUGCAGCCUCCUCCACCGCCGGUUCAACCAGCACCCCGCAGACCUUCCUUUCUGCAGAUGGAUAGCACUCCCACCACCAGCUACAUCCCUCAGUAUACUGUCCCCACAGCCCCAGCACAGACACAUGAAACUAUGGGAGAAGCAAGAACUGGGGGGGGUGGAGGACUAGGACUGAUGGUUCUCCCGCCACCAGCUCCCUCAAUAGAUGCAGAUGACGAGUUUGUCUUUGCAGAUCCCUUGCCCCCUCCAAUACAGUUUGCUAAUGGUAAGAAGGAGAGAGUCCAGGAGUAUCCUCAGCAGCAUCAAUACCGGAGUCAACACUCUGCUGCUGUUGCUCCACCUCCCCCACCCCCUCUUCCAUCUACCAAACACUCAAAUGCUCCCCAACCCUCUCCACAGGGUGGGGACUCUGCUGCCUCUAGCCUUACCUCCUACGACAGUGAGGUGGCCAACCUUACACAGUCAGCUCUCUCUCCAUCUUAUCCGUCCUCACAGAUAUUUUCCCCUCCGUCCGCAACUACCACCUCUGCUGCGGCUUUGCCUGCCUCAUCGCUACACAGACCCCAGCCCAUGUCUCAUUCUCACCCCUAUUACAACGACCCCUCAGUAGGUGGCCAGGACAGAGGCGCAGCCGCCAUCACAGCGACCAUGACUUAUGCUAGCACUACCAUGACAGCCACUGCGGCCGCCACGACCACAACCUCACACGCAUCCUCCGACUAUCCCAAGGCAGGCCAUAGCACAGGGGGCAAAGUUGCUGACCACACUCAUCACCCUAGUAUUAUACCCAUGAGCGGAGACUGGCAAGAUGCCGUGGUGGAUUCUGGGAUUGAGGAGCUGGACAGUCACAGCAGCAGCGACCACCAUUUAGAAAUGCUGGGAUUGAGUGGGCUGCGAGGAGGGAUCGGUGGAGAGGAAGAGAGAGGAGGUGAGCAUCAGGAUUCUUGCACAACCUACUCAGGUGGGCAAACAUUUGAGGUGCACAGUGCCAAACUGGCAAACCCUGUGUUUCCAAAGAUGACUCAUUACAAGGACGGCGGAGGGAGGAGCCCGGCUGUAGCACUACGUAGGCAGAACAGCACCAACCCGGCUCCUUUGCAGUUGCAGAGACAAAGCGACCCAGAAGAUGUCAGGUUAGAUGCAGCACUCACAGAUGAGAGGAGGCGCAAGCUGAGUCGAUCCAAAAUGGAGGAUGGCUUCAACACCGCUCUGGCUGCCUGCUUAGAGAGGCCCGUGGACCCUCGGUCGGUGGGCUGGGUUGAGGUCGGGGAGCAUGAGCAUGAGCAUGAGCAAGGUGGAGACGAAGUGCAGAGAGGUGGUAUCGCUUUGGAGGGCCGAAGACUUCACUCGCCUCUUUCGGGUGUGAAGGCGAGCAUCAUCAAUGAGCUGAGCUCCAAGCUGCAACAGAUGAGUACGAUGAAGAGCAUGGACGACUGGAGCCACACUCCGAAGUCACCCACCAUGCAUAGGUAUUCGGCGGAUUUCACUGAUGUGUUUCACAGCCCACCUUCUGGCCACUCCACCUCACCAUUACCUACCUCCUCUCCACAGCAUCGUCAGAUCCUGACACCAAAUCUAGUGGCCACGCCUUCCGUCUCGCCUUCCCCUCAAGUCCCAAUUCAGCGCACCUGGACCCGCUCCCCGUCUCCACAGAUGCCUACCUCCCCAGUUCAUUCACACUCUCCCCAUUCCCCGACCUAUUGCCCAUACCCAACGUCACCAAAGCUUCGCUCUAAGAUGCGCAGGCAGACUUUUGAUUUUCAGUGCAGUCCCACUAAGGAGAUGCGGUCUUCAGUCUCAAGGCGGCGGGCUCCCAGCCCUCUUAUCUAUAACACUGAACAGCCAAACCAUUCCCCUCCCAGGCCUUCCUCUCUCCCCAUCCUUCCUACUACACCUGUCUACAACAAUCCCUUCGACUUCCCUGGGCCCCUCACUCCUCCUUCGCCUGGCCUCCCUCUAGGAGAUAGCUACACAACUUCAACUCCUCCCCUUUUCUCCCCAUCCGGAGUGCCAAGUUCAAACCCCCUACUUGUCUCCCGCUCUCUCUCCCCCACCCAUUUUCUCUCUGGAGCCUCCUCCCCCAUGCACUUGCCCCCCAGCCCAUCCUGCCUCAACUAUCCCCAUCUCACACCUCCUCCGCCAGCCAAACCCUUUGCUGUCAAGCCCCUGCCCUACUGGACCAAGUACGACGUGGCUGACUGGCUGGCUUACCUAAACCUGAGUGAACACAGAGAGCGUUUUAUAGACAAUGAGAUAGAUGGAUCACAUCUGCCUUCGCUCACCAAGGAUGACUUCUUGGACCUGGGAGUGACACGCGUGGGACACCGAAUGAACAUCGAAAGGGCGCUGAAGAAACUCACUGACAGGCGGCUCUCCUCUCCUUUGCAUGUCACUACUUCUCCCCAAGACACAGACUGAGAGAGUGAAGGGGUGAUUCAAAGAUGAAAGAAAGGGAGAGAAACAAAUUGACAAAGAUGGACAAUAACAGAGGAUGUGCAAGAGAAGAACAAUGGACAGCAACAGGUUGUGUGGAACUAAGACUCAGGGCUGGAUGUGUGGGGGGAAAGUGUUUUCUUGCAAAGUUGCUACACAUUUAGAGAAUACUGUCGAAAUUUGUGAAAUGACUUUUGGUCAAGAACAGGUAAGAGAAAGUUAAGAAUAUCAUAUGAAACUGACGCUCUUCAACUGAAAAUAUACAGGCAUUUAAUUAACACGCCGUUUUGUGCUGUAAAAGACAAACACAUAUAAACACACACUGACAGAUGGAUUCUCACACCAUCUGCUGCUUAGCAGCACUGAGAAAACCUCCAUCUGAGUUCAAAGAAAAGUUAAAAAGUUGCUGCUUAAAGGGUAAACCCCAAUAAAAUGUUACUUACUGUGGCUGAGCCAGAAACUCUGGGGAAAACGGUAACAUCCUAACAUCCGUUGUGUAGCUGUAAGCAGAUCAGAGUAUCAAACGGCGGUGAGAACAGGAGCCAAAGUCUGAAUAUGAGAAUUCUGUUUGUAAAUGAUGAUAGAAGAAAAUGUUAGAUGACAAUAGUAUUCUUUUUAUAUAUUUGCCAUAUUCCCCCAAAGGAUGCCCCAAUAAGCUUUGUAUUUAUGUACUUUGCGAGCACUAAAUAUAUAUUACAUGUUAAACGGGA